GUGGUCGACCUGGAGAAGAUGAACACGGAGCGGUUCAGGAUUGUGAAGGCAGCAGAGGAAAGCUUCAUCAGAGAGGCGAAGAAGUUGAAGGGCGAGGAGCCGGAGGGUGAGGUGGAAGAGAAGGCGGACGUGGUCUUGGAUGAGAAGGUCUUGGAGAAGGAGGCCAUCUUGGAGGAGCUGGAGGAUGAUCCCGACGUGGAGUUGGUGGGUGAUGAGCGCUUCCUGACUGGUGUGAGAUCUCUUUCGUCCUACGCGGACAUUGAGAAAAAACAGUUGCGCGGCUUGUUGGUGGCGCUGGAUAAAUGCCAGAAAUUGAGUACGGCUCAGGGUGCUGCGUUUUUGGAGGCUGUAGAUCAUACUUUAUGGUCAUCGAGUUCCCUUGAGGAGCUGCGACUACGUGUCGCAGAGAAGACCAUGCAAGUCGAGGAAGCUUCCGCGAGGCGCACGCUGCAGGAUUUCAGUCAGCUGUAUCUGUUUCUCACGGAGGAAUUGGCUGCAGCGAUUUUGACAGGAUCGAUGAACAAUGACCAGCUGCUAUGUGCACUGUGUCAACAUGCAGCGCGUCUGUCGCUUCGUUCCCCGUCAGAGCCAACUAUUGCGGUAAUGGUGACGCUUGCCAAUUGGCAGAAGAUACAGCAAGGCAUAAGCGACAAGGCCAAAUUCAUGUUGCUACAUCAGCAGAAGCCUGUGCUGAAGCGAUAUUUGUUGGCAGCAGGCGAUGCACCGACUGCACUGGCAGCCUUGCCAACGGACUUUCGUCAAUUGCCGGACAAGCUUCGGCAAGAUUCCUUUGGCGAUGGGGCACCUGCGGACCUGACGGCUCAUGCCGUAGCGUUUCUGCAGGCUGCGAAGUCUAUGCCACUCCGUGGGACGAAUCGGGCCAUUGCUGCGUCCUCUGCUGUGAGGCAAGACACGCAUGAGGAAGAAACGUCAGACUGGACAGCACGCAUGGUAUCUGCGGCAGUGCGAGGGGCCAUGGCAGCGACUCGCGUUCCAGAUGCCAGUAUGAACGCGUCGGUACGUCCGACGGAUAUGUUGGCUAUCAUGGAUGCACCGCGUGGUGACAGAGAGGACGUGUCCGUUGCCGAAGUGGCGGCACCUGUGUCUACGGGACCGGGUGACAGUUUGGCUGCGCCCCCGCGCACGGCGACUGCUGCAGUGCCGUUGGAUGUGAGUAUGAUGAAGCGGCCCGCGGCAGCCAUCGCAUCUACGGGGUGUGAUGGCAAGAAAGCAAAGGCAGGCAAGGCCGCCGAGCGACAGGAAUCCAAGAAAGCGAAGAGCAAGGCAAAGCCCAAGGCUCAAACUGCGACAAAGCCGAAGGGGCAGAUGUCGCGGGAGGAGCGUCGGCGUGCGAUCCUGGCAGUAGUUCCUAAGGCGAUGCAGCAACGCUAUAAGGAUGGCGUCUGCAUGACGCGCAAGGAGGUCAAGGAGGAGGAGUCCUCCGAUGAGUACACGUACGUGACGACGGAGGGGGAGGAGGAGCCGGCAGCGGAAGCGCCGACGCGUGCUGAGAGAGAGCGCGGAAGAUCAGCUGCCCCUGUGCGGACGGCUGGUGCCACUUCUGCACCAAGCAUGCCGGAGCCCCCCACGUCUCCUCCGCCUCCGAAGCCGGCAGCUACGGGCUGUGACCGCGAGCCAUCGGAGGAAUCGGACAGGGCGCCACGUGCGCGGCCUCCACGUAGUCCGUUUUCACCAGGAGGCAACGACAAGGAAGAGACUCAUGGCCGCCGCAGGCGAAGGCACGCACGUCGAGCGCAGGAGCAGGACGUGGCGGAGCCAAGUGGAACUGCGGCGCCAGGUGCGGAGACGCAGAAGGGCAAGGGGAAACGGCGCCGCCAGAAAGCUCCUGACGCGCGGCAGUGUCCGAUUUGCCGAGCUCCUGUCGGCAACCAUGAGUCUUCCUUGUCGCAGCACCAGUAUUGGAACGAAGAUUGCAAUGCUCGCCGCAUCUGGAAUGAGCAGUACUGCACUUGGACCGCAGCUCGCCGGCAAGCGCUGCAGCUGAAGGAAGAAAGAGAAGACGCCUAUUACAAUCGAGGUGUUCCAGUGACACCGGCUCCUUCGCUGGCCGUGAGAAACAAGAUCGAAGGCCGCGAAGAUGGAGGCAAGGAAGAGGAAGAAGACAAGGAGCCCGAGCACGGUGGCAAAAAAAAGAAAGAAAAGAGCAAGCGGAAGAGACGCCGCCACCAUCGUCGCCAUAGCCCAUCUCCAGACGUGCCCCGGGAUCGUCGCAGGUCCAAGCGACCACCAAGCGACGACGAGGACGAGGACUUGCCCAAGGUGAGGCGCGGACCUGGUGGGAGCUUCAUCUUGCAGUUCACACCAAAGGUGAGCUAG